AGGUUGGGGGUGGUGGAAUUUGCGUGGGAGGAGUUGGUGGCGUAAGCAGAGGAAGCGGUUGAAGAAAGAAAUGGUCUGAUUGGGAUGGGGAAGGGGAUUUGACCACCUCCUGGUUGUCGUUGUUGGCGGCGAUUUCCUUUUGCUAUUCUACACUCUAAUCUCUCAUUCGUUACGAACAAACAAAGCAAAAGUUAAUGGCAGAGAGGAGGAGAAACGAUUGCAAGGCAUCGAUGAAGAACUCUCUGAGGAAAUUGCGAGGUCUGGCGCUUCACAAUCGCACUCGCAAGCAUGACUCCUCCAACUCCAUCCAGCCCCUGGGCCAGCUUGACGAGCUCGCUCGGGCCACCCAGGAUAUGCAAGACAUGAGGGACUGCUAUGACACCUUGCUUUCCGCCGCGGCCGCAACCGCCAGCAGUGCCUAUGAAUUCUCUGAGUCCUUGCGGGACAUGGGUUCUUGUCUUCUCGAGAAGACCGCUUUAAAUGACCACGGAGAAGAAACUGGCACUCUACUCUUCUUUUACUUCUUCUUCCACUUCCGCACACACCUCAUCACCCUUCUCAUUUUUCUCUCUUCACUAACCCCUUGCCCUGUUCUUUUCCAUUAUAUUAUUGCAGGAAAACUUCUCCUCAUGCUCGGCAAAAUCCAGUUCAAACUCCACAAACUCAUUGAUGACUACCGUUCUCAUAUUAUUCAGACAAUUACCAUUCCCUCAGAGUCUCUAUUGAAUGAACUUCGAAUUGUUGAGGAGAUGAAGCGGCAGUGUGAUGAGAAAAGAGACUUAUAUGACUAUAUGGUAGCAAGAUACAGAGAAGGAGGCAGGUCUAAAGGCGGGAAAGGGGAAACUUUUUCUUUGCAGCAGUUGCAAACUGCUCAUGAUGAAUAUGAUGAAGAGGCUACUUUGUUUGUUUUCCGAUUGAAAUCUCUGAAGCAAGGACAAUCGCGUAGUCUUCUAACACAGGCAACGCGUCACCAUGCUUCUCAGUUGUGUUUUUUCAAGAAAGCAGUCAAGUCCCUUGAGACAGUAGAACCACAUGUAAAAUCUGUAACUGAACAGCAGCACAUUGAUUACCAGUUCAGUGGUCUUGAAGAGGAGGAUGGGUAUGAAGGUGACGAUGGAGAUGAUGAUGGUGGUGGUUAUGAUGAUAAUGAUGAUGGUGAGCUGAGUUUUGAUUAUGGACAAACUGAACAAGACCGAGAUGUUUCUACGUCACGAAACUCCAUGGAGGCUGGGAAAUUACAUCUACUGACACGCAAAAGGGAACAGCUGGAUCAAGUGGAAGUUACACCUCCUGGAGGUCUUACAUCUGAAGCUGCCAAGGAAAACUUAGACAAACUUCAAAGGAAUUUAUUUUCCUUUAGGGUUAGGACAGGGAGCCAAUCUGCCCCGCUUUUUGCUGAUAGUAAACCUGAUGCAAUUGAAAAAAUGAGACAGAUGCGCCCAUCUUUAUCUCGGAAGUUUAGUUCAUAUGUGCUACCCACACCCGUUGAUGCCAAGAGUUCAAUCUCUUCAAGUUCAAAUAAUCCAAAACCUUCCAAAGUGCAGGCAAAUUUAAGUGAACCUACAAAGAACUUGUGGCAUUCAUCCCCAUUGGAUCAAAAGAAACAUGAAAAAGAUAGUGGUGAUGAAUUUUCUGGUUCUAUUGUCAGAAGUGCUCAGUCAGUACACAAGGAAAGUAACAGUAAUACUGCAUCCACGAGAUUGCCUCGUCCUCUGGCAGAUAAUUUUUUAUCCUCGAACCGUGAUUACAUUUCUGCUCACUCUAAAAAGAUUAAAAGAUAUGCCUUUUCUGGCCCAUUGACAAGUGAUCCCGGGCCUACCAGGCCGGUUUUGGUAGAAAGUGUUCAACUAUUCUCUGGACCUCUUUUGCCAAGUCCAAUCCCUCAGCCUCGGUCAUCAUCUCCAAAACUAUCUCCCACUGCUUCUCCCACUCUCGUGUCUUCACCCAAAAUAAGUGAGCUUCAUGAACUUCCUAGGCCUCCAACCAGUUUCCCAUCGAAUUCAAGGUUUUUAGGUUUGGUGGGUCAUUCUGGUCCCUUGUUGUCUAGAGGUCAAAAGGUUUCCUCUGCAAAUAAUUUGGCCGCAUCAAGUGCUGCAUCUCCAUUGCCAAUGCCACCUCCGGCCAUGACUCGUAGUUUCUCCAUACCUUCUAGUGGCGCUAGAGUUGCAGCAUUACAUGUUCCUAGAACACUAGAUUCUUCUCAUGGAUCAUCUAUAUCCGAGACUAAUGCUUCUCCUCUGAUACCACUAGCGUUAUCUAGUAGUCAGCCAUCAUCAGAUUGCUGAGGUUGCUGUGGAUAUUUAGACCAGAGGUAUAGUCAAUGGAUACUUGUGCAGACUAAUUCUACUUACGUCUGAAGUUAGCCUUUACGGCCUGGCAAAUUAAGCUUGGGGCCAAGAAAACUUAGGUUAAGUUUUGCUUAGUUGCAAAGAUGUAUAUAUUCGUUUUUACCUAGUAUUCGUGUGUCUGUCAUAAUCAUUGUUAAUUCAACUUUAUGGGCUUUUUGUUUUCUUAUUUCGAAAUAAAUGCCCAUCGGCUUUAUUGUUGAGAUAUGCAUUUAAGCAAUGACGGUAACCAAUCAAUCACGCCUCCUCUUUACGAGCAA